AUGAGUCACCCGCAGAACCCCGACCACUGGGAGAUUCAGAAGCUACAGGCCUUGAUGAGAACCAAAGAGGAGGAUCUUGCGAGGACGAAACAGCAGCUAUCGCAGCUACAGAGUUCUGUCUAUCAAUCACAAUUAUCUCAGCCCUCAAACCCGAGCAUUCCUGAUGUCUCUGCUGUCCAUAAUGAGUUCGAACUGUCUGCUACCCCCGUCAAUCAAAGUGGCUGGUCGAGGAGUAGUGAUACGACACCUCGAAGCACCGGCAUCGGUGCACAUGGCCGUCAUGAAGCCGUUCCGUGGCCCUCUAAUCCACAGGCCAACAGCCGUCACGCCGUGAAGCGAGCAAGAACCAUGUCCCAACAAACUCCUGCAGCACAGAGGAUGGACCGUACCGCCUCCAACCUGUCCACCCGAUCCGCAGGUCCAUCCGCCGGUCCGUUUACCGGCAAUGCUCCCAUAUCGCCGCCGCCGAGGCUCCAGAACAGGAGCCAGCAAAGUAGUGGUAGUGGUAUGAUGGAUUACAUGAACAAAGAUGAGCCAGUAAACUCCUACGUGUUCGCCCAGACGAUGCAUCCAUCGCAGUCGCACCGCCACCAGCACGACAUGCCUACUCUCCCAGAGUUCGGGUCCGGCUCCGGGUCGGGUGACCUGAUGGACCCUGCUGUAUGGCUUGCGUCGCACCCUUUCCCCGACAGUUUCUCCUCUCCAGUGGGCGAGUCUUUUGCGCCGUCGGCGCUCUCGCAGCACCAUGAUGUCGAUGUGCCGCAAUUCAAUGUCACCAAUGUGUCCGUGUGCGGCUCGAUGACAACGGCGCCCACCUACGACACGGCACCAAUGACGCGGCAGAACAGCCUGCUCGACAACCAGUCCAUGGCGGGCGGCGUGCGCAUGAUGAGUCUCGGGUCGCAAAUGUCACAAGGAGCGGACUCAUACUACCGCGAUGGCUCCCAGCUCAAUUACGACAGCGGCGACAUCUCUCCUCUGGGGAAGCGCCCAUACAUGAGUGACGAUGCGCUCUUCGCCGUGGGCUCAAGUCUCGCGCCACCGUCCACGCAGCAGUACUCGGCCUCAGCGCCGAGCGACGGUUACUUUGAAUCCUCGGAUAUGGAGCGAUCACUUUCGAGCACGAGUAUGGCCAGCAACAAGUCAACUUCGUCGCUUACGGCUCGAGCCAAGGAUACAUUGAAGCAGCAGAACCAGCGGGCCAUGAAGGCCCCUCUGAAGCCCAAGCCGCUUGCUGCCGAGCCAGCCCCAUCGGAGUCGCCGGCCAUGGUCAAGAAGGACGGCAAGGCUGUCAUCGCGAAGUCCAAGUACGUCCGGCCGAAGCAGCCAAAGGUGUUCUGCGAUCAGUGUGACGAGCAUAAGGACGGGUUCCGAGGCGAGCACGAGCUUCGCCGUCACAAGGAGGCCAAGCACCAAGUUAUGGUCAAGAAGUACAUAUGCGUCGACCCAGCCGCAUAUGGCAUUCCCAUUGCUGUUGCUGCGGUCAAUCCCUUAGGCAAGUGCAAGUCUUGCAAUACCCAGAAGAGGUACGGUGCGUACUACAACGCAGCUGCCCACCUUCGCCGCACGCACUUCAAGGAGAAGCCUUCGCGCCAGAAGAACAAGGGUGCCGGCCACGGCCGGAGUGAUGAGGACAAGCGCGGAGGCAAGGGCGGUGGCGACUGGCCUCCCAUGUGCGAGCUGAAGAACUGGAUGAAGGAAAUCUGGGUGAACAAGACCGAACAGCAGGCCGACGACGAAGAUGACGCAGGCGACGAAGAUGUCAGACACCACUCCAACGGCGGCGGCAUGGAGAUGGAAAUAGAGAUGGAGGCCGACGGCAUCGACAGCUUCUCGCCCGGUUUUGACAUGUCUCAAAGAAUGACGCCGGAUGGCUACAACUUCCGCAACAACCUGGUCAUCAACACCAAUGCUGGAUUCUGUGGCAUGCCCAUCUCAUCGGCCGACUUUGACUUCAACAGCUCGCCAAACAUGUCGCCCCAUUUCGUCCCGGAUAUGGCCGCCUACCCUCCGCAAGAGCUUGUCAACCAUUUCGGUUCGACUGUGUCGUCGUCCGCGACCGUCACACCAAUGACGGCCUACAACGACGGAACACAAAUCGAGGAUCUUGGCUUCGAGAUGAUCUACCCCCAGUGA